AGUCAAAUUUAAUGGCUAAUAUCGAAAAUAAUCAACCACAUGAUAUCAAAAAUGAUCCUUCGUUGGAAUAUGACAAAAAUGAUCCUUCGUUGGAAUAUGACAAAAAUGAUCCUUCGUUGGAAUAUGACAAAAAUGAUCCCUCGUUGGAAUAUGACAAAAAUGAUCCUUCGUUGGAAUAUGGCAAAAGUGAUCCUUCGUUGGAAUAUAUAAAAUCAGAAAAAUCGGAUCAAGCAUGUGAGACUGAAAAUACUACACCAAUCGCUGUUUUCAUGUUUUUCAUUGGUAUUGCACCACUUGGGUGGGCCUCAUAUUCCGAUGUUCGUGAAACAAGGCGAAGGGUCUACUUAAUGUCCCUUACAAUAUACGUCAUUGCUGGAAUAAUAUGUGCUGUGUCAAAUAAUAUUUGGCUAUUGUUAGUUAUGCGUUCUUUUCAAGCUUGUGGUGGUUCUUCCGUCCAGAGUAUUGGUGCUGGAACUGUUAGUGAUGUAUUUAUUAAUACAG